UUGACGGGAUCAGCCAAAAUUUAUGCCAUGCACUCCGCCCUCCAGCUCGCCGUCCUAGCCGCCGCGUUCCUCCGCCUCCAGGCGCUGACUCCGGACGAGAUCGCGCAGUUCAGAACCACAGGAACGCUGGAGACAAACACAGGCAUCGCUGGGUGGGUUGCGGUCGAAGACAACGGCAGGCAGCUCUACGUCACCAGUAACGGCAUCCCUGACCACCGCACAGGCCCCUUCCCCGGUCCCGGUAACCCUAACACUAUCCAGGAGCAGAGCUUCAUGCUGAAAGUUCGGAAGACGCCAGUGUACGCGGACACCCCGGGCUGUCUGCCCAUGGGUCCCGUCGGCCUGGCCAUCAACGGCGUGCCGCUGUACAACCCGCAGAGCGCCCAGUGUGAGGACGCCGUCAUUCACGAACGGUUUGACUCUUGUCAUGGGCACCCUGACAUUCCCGGCAGGUACCACUACCACCAGAACCCCAUCUGUGCCUACGUGCAGGAGGACGGCAAGGCCUCGCCGCUAGUCGGCGUCGCAGCCGACGGCUUCCCCAUCUACGGCCCGGUGGACGAGACCGGCAGGACGCUGACCUCCGCUGAUCUGGAUGAAUGCCAUGGGCGCGAGGUGAAUGGCAGGUACCAGUACCACAUCACGGCGGACUAUCCCUACAUCCUGGGCUGCUUUAGGGGCCGGGUCCUGCCAGACGCCGGGGUGGGCCGCCGCUGUGUCUGCCCCGUGAAGAGGACUGCCGCUCAGUCUCAUCAGUCAGUUCUGUACCUGCUGCGUCUCAUCGCUAAACAAGGGAAACAAACCACCGACUGAAAACACUAACAUGCGUACAGACACGUGGCACGUACAGGCAUGUAUACAGACACAUGAUUUUCGACUAUGCGGACACAGCCUACGGACACAUACAUUCAGACUGUACGGGCACACACUAACAGUUAGACUGCACAGAUACGGACUUUAAGGACAAAUACUAACAUUUUGACUGCACGGAAACGGACUUAAAAGUCAGACACACACUAACAAUUAGACUGUACAGAUACGGACUUACAAGACACAGUAACAUUCUUAGCAUGUCAUAAUGACACACAGUAACAGACUGCACGGAUGCUGACUUUACGGACAAACACUAACAGAGUGCACAGAUACGGAUUCACAGACACAUACUAACAGACUGCACGAAUACGGACCUUCAGACACACACUAACAGAUUGCAUACGGAUUUCACGGACCCACACUACGCUUAGCCCUUAUAAAGCAGCGCUCAUGACAUUUUUGCUAGGCUAAAUUGACAUAAGUCGUACAAACUGUUCAUAGAGAUGGCAAUAAGCGAUCAGUAACAAAAACUCAGUGGUGUCGUUUUUGCGUAAUGUCAAUGAUACGGUCAGGAGGUUUUGUUCUGGACCUACGAGUUUCCACUUUCAUAAUCUGCUGUCAAAUAAACGCAUUCCAAAUA